AUGUUACACCGAAGCGCUUCGUCGCGGCGCCGGCGAGCGUCGCCAAGCGUGGCAAAUUCGAGCCAGCCGGCAGGGGCGUCUUCGACGAUGAGAGGUAGACGAGCGAGCGUUGCCACCGAGAAGCCUCUCGUCCUGCCAAGCAGUCCCGGCGGAACGAUGGAGAGGCAACGAUCGCCAAGGGGUAGCGUAGUGCCGAAUAUCGCCCUCGAUACCGAAAGCGACUCGCCCGACGAGGGUACAUGUCGCAGGAUCCUGCCGGAUCCGGAGCAGUACGGUCGCAAUUCCCUCGUGCCGGAGGCGAGUCGCAGCCCGCGAAAUUCGCUGAUACCGGACGAUUACUGCAGAAGUCCACGGGGCUCGCUGGUGCCGGAUCUCAGUAGGAGUCCGCGCAACAGUCUGGUACCGGACCUGGUGAGGACGCCGCGGUGCAGCCUGACGCCGGAGGUCUCGCUGAGCCCCCGGCACUCCCUGGUGCCGGACUCGGCGCUUAGCCCGAGGAACUCCCUGGUGCCGGACGUGGCCUACAACCGGAGUCCACGGAACAGCAUGGUAGCUAUCGGCGCCUCCAGGACGUCCCUCAUGCCGGAGAACGGGAACGCGACUCUCGGCGCGAGCCGCAGCCCGAGGCACUCGCUCGUACCGGACUCGACGAGGAGUCCGCGCGGCAGCAUGGCGAAUUUGGACUUCGACCGUAGUCCCCGCGGCUCGAUCUGCCCGGACAUGCACAGGACACCCAGAGGCAGCAUCACGCCCAUGGAGGUCGUGGACAGGAGUCCACGCGGCUCGAUAGCCUCCGAGUGCCUGAACCAGAGCCCCCGCGGCUCGAUCACGGCCGACCCAAACCGAUCGCCCCGGGGCUCGAUAGCCGGGGAUCCCAAUCGCUCCCCCCGCGGGUCGAUAUGCCCGGAGGGCAACAGGAGUCCGCGAGGUUCGAUCGUGCCGCACGGUGAGACGAAUCGGUCGCCGCGCGGCAGCAUAGGCGUGAACGACGCCGAGCGGCACUCGCGGGGCUCCCUCGGAGCCGUCAACGAUGAAGACAGCAGGAGUCCCAGAGGUAGCAUCGGACCGGACGGGAUCGACAGGAGCCCCAGGGGUAGUCUGGGUGGCAUGCAGGACCGAAGGAUGCCGAGGAGCUUGAACCCCAGAAGAGCUUCCGCGGAUCAGGGGAGCACGAGAAACCGAAGUUCCUCGCCUUAUCGUCAAAGAGAAGUGAGCUCGGGAAGUGUCAGAUCAGGCGGAAGCGGUGGCGCCCAGGUCAACCUAGGAUACGGGACGAAUGCCUGGGCCGACUCCAGGCGAGCCAGCAGCUCCGUUUCGCAGCUUUCAGGCGACGAGUCGCGUCGGCUUUGCGCCGGCGGCGCCAAAAUACCCGAAAAGGGCGACGCGGAAGCUGCGAAUCUCGGCGUAGCGACUUACGGUUCGGUCGUGUUCCAACUGAAGGACGCCCAUCUCGAGGCGAACGGCAUCUGCGAUUUUGUCUUUCGCGCACUGAGGGUCAUCAGCAAGACGAUGACGUUCACCAUAUGUCUCUCCUGUCUGUCCACUGUGCCUAUCUUGAUGUUCAUCUUUGGUGUGCAAUUCAUCAAAGAGUGCCCGAUAGAGCCAUACAUUCCCGUGUAUAUGCUGAUCGGUGGAGUUUUAGGCGCCGUGCGUAUGUUCUGGGCGCUCUAUUCGCAGAUACGCUCGCGGAGACCGGAGGUCUUGUCCGUUCCCGCUACCAGACCGCACGUCUCGCCCAUGAAAUUACUCUCCAUAGCUUUAUCGUGCUUCCUGGUCGGAUGGUUCGCGUUAGGACAUUAUUGGAUACUGCACAUAAAGUGGCCGGAAUACGAAUUUUCGUUGUACGCGCCCAACAAGUGGUGUCACAAGACGCUUUAUAUUUUUUCCUUGGUUCACCUGUGCGUAGUGUACGCGGUUUUGUUAGUGAUACUGUUGGUCGCGGUCGGCCUGGCUUUCUGCAGAAUUCUGGAAUGCCCCUUACCAGAAAGAUAUAGAAAGCGACAGUUCCAAUCGAGGCUAGUUUUCCUAAAAAUUUUCAAGAUAGGGGAAUAAUAGUUCGCGACGUCGCGCGAAUU